AUGGGAGCCACCAACAUGUCAUAUCUGAACCCAAGAACAGUGAUUCUGCUUGGAAUCCCAGGGCUAGAGCAUGUGCAGUUUUGGAUUGGAUUUCCCUUUUUUGGAGUGUGCCUGGUGGCUCUGCUGGGGAACAUCUUCUUGCUAAUUGUUAUCCCUAUGGAACGCAGUCUACACCAACCGAUGUACAUCUUCUUGGCAGUAUUGGCUGCCACUGACCUAAGUCUCUGUGCAGCCAUUGCUCCUAAGAUGUUGGCCAUCUUCUGGUUUGGCUCUUGCUCCAUGGCUUUUGAUGCCUGCCUUACCCAGCUCUUCUUCAUCCAUGCAUUGCAGGGUGUAGAGUCUGGCAUCCUGUUGGCCAUGGCCUUUGACCGCUAUGUCGCCAUCUGUAAUCCUUUGAGGUAUACAUCCAUUCUCACACCUCUCUCUCUAGUGUGGGUGAUGCUGAUAGUAGCAAUCCGGGCAACUGUACUUGUGGGUAUUUUACCCAUUCUACUCAAGCGGCUGCAACUAUUCCAAUCUGUGGUUAUUGUUCAUUCUUACUGUGAGCACAUGGCCGUGGUUAAGUUGGCUGCAGAAGAUGUCCAUAUUAACAAGUCAUAUGGGCUCUUUGUGGCUUUUGCAAUUCUAGGUUUUGACAUGAUCUUUGUCUUCAUCUCCUAUAUUCUAAUUUUUCAGGCUGUUUUCCGUCUUCCCCAGAAAGAGGCACGACUCAAAGCAUUCAAUACAUGUACAGCUCAUAUUGUUGUCUUUAUGGAGUUUUACAUUCUUGCCUUUUUUUCCUUCCUCAGCCACCGUUUUGGUCAUGUAUCCCCCUAUGCCCACAUCUUCCUGUCUACCAUCUAUCUGCUUGUGCCCCCUGCCCUUAACCCUAUUGUUUAUGGUGUGAAGACCAAAGAGAUCCGGAAGCGGGUUGCACAGAUUUUUAUUCUGAAGAUUGACUCUCAGCAAUGA